AUGUCCACGGAACGCCGCAUCAAAUGGUUGAAAACCAGAAUCAGAAGCCUGCUUGCGUCGUUCAACAUUAUUCAGACCUUCGUCGAUAACUAUCAGGAGGAAAGAGAUGCUUUUGAAGUUCCAGUUCGUCUCGAGAGUCUCAACAAGCUAUGGUCAGACAUUCAGAAAGCACAAUCCGAUCUUGAGUCCGUCGACGAAGCUACCCUCGAAGAACAGAUCAAAGAACGGACUGACCUUGAAACGGCGUACUACCGGGUGAAAGGUUCACUGCUAGCCGUCAAUAAAUCGCCUACAUCCCCGUUCGUCCAUUCGUCUUCUUCUUCAAGCUCGCAAGUCCCUCUCCAGUCUUCGCAUGUGCGUCUGCCCGACGUGAAGCUGCCUAUAUUCAGCGGAAAUAUCGACACCUGGCUCAACUUCCACGACCUUUUCGUCUCUUUGGUGCACACAUCAGUUGAACUAUCGAAUAUUCAAAAAUUCUACUAUCUUCGUUCGUCUCUCGCUGGUGAUGCCCUGAAACUUGUUCAAUCAAUUACUAUCAGUGCGAACAAUUAUAUUGUGGCUUGGAAUUUGCUGGUGGAGCAUUACCAAAACCCUGCGCGCUUGAAGCAGACCUACCUUGACGCUCUAUUUGAGUUUUCCACAUUGAAACGUGAAUCCGCGACCGAAUUACAUUCACUGGUGGAGAACUUCGAGGCUAAUGUAAAGGUGCUAAAACAACUCGGCGAGAAAACCGAGUUCUGGGACAUUAUACUCAUUCGCAUGCUUAGUGUCCGUCUCGACCCCACAACUCGGAGAGACUGGGAAGAGUUUUCGUCCACUCAACAGAUCGUGACAUUUGCAGAUCUAACGUCCUUCAUUCAGCGAAGGGUUUCUGUUCUACAAAUCAUCCAGGGAAAAGUUGUCGAUACACCAGCGUCUACCCAGCAGUUCAAGAAAUCCAAUCAACGUGCGAUUGCAAGCCAUGGAGCAACUCAAACUCAACCCAGUCGUAAAUGCGUCAUCUGCUCGAAUCAUCACCCGCUUUACUUGUGCCAAUCUUUCUCAAAACUCGAUAUUGAAGCGAAAGAAAAGGAAGUUCGUCGUCACCAGCUCUGCCGCAACUGUCUACGAAAGGGACAUCAAGCUCGAGAUUGUUCUUCGUCGAGCUCCUGUCAGAAAUGUCGGAGUCGCCACCACACACAACUCUGCCCCGAGGAGAAAUCAGUAUCUGCCAGUUCUAGGGCUGGGGAAUCAUCUAAACUGUCAUCACCAAAUCACUACGAGCUUCGUGAUCAAUCGAGAACAUCUGCUCCUGCAACAGUGUACAAACCUUCCAAUCAUGCCAGCUUUAGACAAUCCCAGAAAAGUGUGCUUUUGGCUACUGCUAUUGUUAAAAUCAUCGACGACCAAGGGACAGAACAUGCAGCAAGAGCUCUUCUCGACUCUGGUAGCGAAUGCUGUUUCAUCACCGAAUCAUUUUCACAAUUAGUUAAAGCACAGCGCAUAAAAAUCGCAGUUCCAAUUUCAGGGAUUGGACAAUCUUCAACGUUCGCACGAUAUAAAAUCACGGCUUCUAUAAGCUCUAGGGUCUGCGACUUUUCCACUCCAGCAGAGUUUUUAGUUCUUCCUAAAGUAACGAUUGAUUUGCCAUCUGCUUCUUUCGAUGCAUCAUCGUGGAAUAUUCCGCCUGGCAUACAACUGGCUGAUCCGUACUUUUACAAAGCUAAUUCGGUGGACAUCAUUAUAGGAGCUGAGGUGUUUUUUGAACUGUUCAAGGUUUCUGGUCGCAUUAAACUAGGCGAAUGUCUCCCAAGCUUGGUCAACUCCGUCCUUGGUUGGAUAGUUUCGGGUAAGGCCCCACACAGUACUCAAAAGUCUUCAGUAUUUGCAAACACCGCCACCAUCGCCGGGGUGCAUGAGCUCAUCGAGAAAUUCUGGGCAAUCGAAGACGAUAACUCCUCUCCAAACUACUCGGUCGAAGAAGCAGCCUGUGAGGAACAUUUUCAACGCACGGUGAGACGGAAUACGGAAGGAAGAUACAUCGUCCGCUUACCUGUUAAGCAAGACGUCAUUAAUCAGCUUGGUGACAACCGUCGCACCGCAGUUCGACGUUUCCACAUGCUAGAAAGCCGCAUGCGUAGGAAUAUAGACAUUGCAGAACAAUAUUCCGCUUUCAUGGAUGAGUACUUUGCUUUGGGCCAUAUGAAGCACAUGUACGAUUACCAAUCUCCUCCUGUCCUCUGCUAUCACAUGCCCCAUCAGGCGGUAAUUCGAGAGUCCAGCACCACCACGAAACUGCGUGUGGUGUUCGAUGCAUCGUGUAAAUCUCCAGAAGGACCAUCACUCAAUGACGCUCUCAUGGUCGGCCCCAUUGUCCAGCAGGACAUUCGCUCCAUAAUAAUGCGCUCGAGAAUUCGUCGCAUCAUGCUAAUUGCAGAUGCAAAGCAAAUGUAUCGCCAGAUUCUCGUCGACGAGCGUGACACUCCGCUGCAGCGAAUAAUUUGGCGAAAGUCUCCCGAAGACGCAUUGGAUACCUACGAGCUUGUCACAGUUACCUACGGGACAUCGUGUGCACCCUUUCUCGCUACUCGUGUACUUCUACAGUUAGCAGAUGACGAACAACAAAACUUUCCGAUUGCAGCAGAAGUCCUACGCAAGGAUGUUUAUGUGGAUGACUUAUUCUCAGGCGCAGACAGCAUCGAGGAAACAACUACGCUACAACGACAACUAAAUGAACUUCUUUCCAAAGGUGGAUUUCAACUACAUAAAUGGGCAUCCAAUGAAGAGGCUGUUCUUGAAAGUCUACCAAUAGAAAACCGAGCGCUACAAACAUCCUUCGAUUUUGAUCGGAAUCAAAGCAUCAAAUCUCUUGGUUUGCACUGGGAGCCUGCUACCGACCAGCUGAAAUACCAAAUUGAUCUCCCUCCCGAUAUUUCUCCAACCUCUCUUACCAAGCGAAUCGCAUUAUCACAAAUUGCGCGCCUCUUCGAUCCCCUCGGACUGUUGGGCCCUGUCGUAAUCACCGCAAAAAUUUUCAUGCAGACUCUUUGGACGUUGAAAGAUGAAAACGGUAAACCUUGGAGUUGGGAUGAAGAACUUCCAGUGCCGAUUAAAAACCAUUGGCACACCUACAUGAUGGAAUUACCAUUUCUGAACGCUCUUCGAAUAGAGCGAUGGGUUCUCUCACUGAAACCCGCAUUCAUCCAAUAUCAUUUCUUUUCGGAUGCUUCACAGCACGCAUACGGUGCAUGCUGUUAUAUCCGAUCUGCCGACACUUCUGGUACCUUUAAGGUAGCAUUAUUGACAGCCAAAUCAAGAGUUGCACCUCUCAAACAGCAAAGCAUUCCACGGCUAGAACUAUGUGGAGCACUUCUUGCAGCUGAACUAUACCAGAAGGUCUCGCAAUCGCUGGAACGGCCUGGCCCAACGUUUUUUUGGGUCGAUUCGACAACUGUACUCAGCUGGCUGAAGGUUACGCCAUCAACGUGGACUACAUUCGUGGCGAACCGGGUAUCAAAAAUUCAACAAUCAACUCAAAACUGUUUCUGGCGUCACGUUUCCGGUCAAGAAAACCCAGCGGAUUUACUUUCGCGUGGUAUAAAGACGGAGAACAUCAUCGAAAACCAACUCUGGUGGAAGGGACCCAACUGGUUGCAGUUAGCUCAAACAUCGUGGCCAAGCCAAGAACCUGAAACUGUCGCGGGCGAGAUUGCUGAAACAAAAAAGCCAGCAACAGUAUGCACAGCAUUGUCCGAACCAUCCUUCAUCGAUCUUUUUGCGGCGCGAUUUUCAGAUUACGACCGUAUGCUGAGGGUGGCUGCGUAUUGCCAUCGCUUCAUACAAAAUUGCCGGAACUCUGCAGUCAGACCAACAACAACUUACAUCACCACGGAAGAAAAAAUCGCAGCAGAAGUCACUUUAAUCCGAUUGGUUCAACAGCAAUUUUUUGGCGAUGAUUGGAAGCAGCUGGAAAGGACAAGUCACGUUUCGUCGAAAUCGCGCCUACGCUGGUACCAUCCAUUCAUAUCUGAUGAAAGCCUAAUUCGCAUUGGAGGUCGCCUGAGGAACGCAUCGCAACCAUAUGAUACCAAACACCAGAUAAUUCUGCCUUCAACACAUUCAUACUCGAAGCUUCUCGUUCGCUCGUACCAUGAAAAACACCUACAUGCAGCACCGCAACUUCUCAUUACUGUUCUCCGUUUACGCUACUGGGUCAUAGGGGCCAGAAGUCUGGCCAAAUUCACCGUUCGGAACUGUGUCAAAUGCGUUAAAGCAAGACCACAAAUUUUGGAGCAAUUUAUGGCUGAACUCCCCGCAGCACGCGUAACAGCAACUCGUCCUUUCUCAGUAUCUGGUGUCGAUUAUUGGGGACCGAUAUCACUACAACCCAUGCAUCGACGAGCGGCACCACGCAAGGCUUAUGUCGCAGUUUUUGUCUGUUUUUCCACUCGCGCCGUACACCUAGAACUGGUAAUGGACUUGAGCACACCCAAAUUUCUUCAAGCUUUACGUCGCUUCGUAUCGCGUCGAGGUUUGUGUAGCGAUCUUUACAGCGAUAAUGGUCGCAACUUUGUCGGGGCUGCCAAUGAACUGCGAAAACUCUUGCGGAACAAGGAACACCAACAAGCCAUAGCACAAGAAUGUGCAAAAAACAGAAUCCGUUGGCACUUUAAUCCACCAAAAGCUUCACACUUCGGUGGACUGUGGGAAGCUGCCAUAUAUUCUGCCCAAAAGCAUUUCAUCCGGGUGCUUGGAACUCACACUCUGGCACAGGACGAUAUGGAGACUCUGCUAACACAAAUUGAAUGCUGCCUAAACUCUCGACCACUAAUCGCACUGAGCGACGAUCCAACUGAUUUUGAGGCAUUAACACCUGGACAUUUUCUUGUCGGAUCUGCACUGAAAUCCGUGCCGGACGCCGACAUCACAACUAUUCCUUUGAAUCGCCUUCGACAGUGGAAACAAGUACAAAAAAUGGUUCAGCUUAUUUGGAAGCGCUGGCACUUUGAAUAUUUGUCGACACUCCAGCCUCGCACAAAAUGGAUUAAACCACCGAUAUCCAUUCAAGUCAACCAACUAGUUCUCCUCAAAAAUGAAAACACUCCUCCCAUGGCGUGGACAACGGCAAGAAUCGUCGAAAUUCAUCCUGGCUCCGAUGGCAUCACAAGGGUAGUGACCGUUCAGACUCCAACUGGCCGCUUCACUCGACCAAUUUCCAAAAUAUGCUUGCUGCCAGUUCCACCAAACGAAGCAGGGGAUAAUCAAACAACUAGUACCAAACAGUCAUCAUCCAACACAAAGUGA